GUGAAUGGGGUGAACGUUGAAUGGGAAAGUCAUGAGAAGGCGGUUGAACUGCUGAAAUCAGCGAGAGGCACCGUGAAGCUAGUGGUACGGUACACACCGCGACUCCUGGACGAAAUGGAACGUCGAUUUGAGCGACAGCGACGUCGAGCCAACCAAAAUAGCCCGGCACCUGUCUUUAAGCGAUAA